AUGUCUACAGAAAAUGAUCCUACAGAGCCCACUAUGCAGCCAACGACAAUAUUGGAAAUACCAUCGCCGAAAGAAAAUACGCUUAGCUGUGGAAUAUGCGAAGUAAAUAUUCCCGCGGCUGAUGCAUAUUUGACAUGCAUAAAUCAAAAAUGCCACAGAGUGACAUGUGCAAACUGUAUCAACACAAUGGUCAACAUGUUUUUUGCUCAGCCGACACUUAACUAUCCUCUCAAAUGUGGGAGUUGUCGAACAGCUUUCAACAAAGCGUCUGUUGAGCGUGUUAUUAUAAAUGAAAACUAUUAUGAGAAAUAUAUUGCUUGUAUGCUUCCACUCUAUUGGUCCAAAAAGUGUCUCGAUAAUGAUGAAGAAUUAGCAAAAUGUCCAUUUUGUCCUUAUCUGGAAAUCCAUACAACUGAUGCUUGCCCUAUUCAAUUUCUCACCUGUCAACAUCCUAAUUGUGGGAAACGAUCAUGUUUGAUAUGCUUGAGCGUUGUACAGGAUGAUACUGAUGAGUUAACACAUCGAUCUCGCUGCGUCGAGUAUCGUCAUUAUAAAACAUUAAUUGACGAAGCCAUUGCAACUGGUUCGCUUAGACAAUGCCCUCAUUGUGAAUUGGCAGGUAUCAAAGAUGACAAUUGUACGCAUAUGACUUGUGCACGAUGUUCCGGAAAAUGGUGCUAUUUUUGUGGGAAGAAAGAGGAAGAGUGUAAUGUCGACGACGAUGAAUAUCCCAGUUUAUCUAGUCAUAACAAUGAUUGGGAGUCUAAUCCUGAUCGAUGCCCAAUGUAUCUCUGUAAAAUUUGCGAAUUGGACGACCGCUGGUCAGCGGAAGAUGAAGAUUGUUUAGAAUUCUUUCAUCGUUGCCAAACUUUACGUAACCUGUACGAAGUUCUCGAAUCUAUCGGCGAAGAUAUACUAGAGGAGUUGAAUGAUCAAUAUGGUAUCAUCGACGCAUGCGGUUACUCAUUCGACGACAUCAAGGAUGAAGAAAAUCGAAUAUUGAUCAAAUACGAAUGGAAUGAUUCUUGA